UUGGACCAGGCACAAAUGGGGCAUUCUACCAAGCGCACAGCGCCACCUAUUGGAAUGCUCUACAAUCUCCAUGACUACGAUGUCAACAAAGCUUUCGAGUUUGAUGACAUUCCGAAAUAAUGCCAUAAUAAGCAAUAUUUUGGCUGGACAACAAAAUCCACCUCACCUCCCACCGCCCGGUAAUGUUUACUUAAUUACAGAAAUCUCACAGAGGCUAUGGCUGACAACGGCAGUGAAGUCAGGGUGUUUGUGCGCAUCCGCCCGACUGCACGUUUCGCUCAGGAGCUCAUUGAAUACUUACCAGAUGGAGAGACAAUCAAUAUCCGUCAAAGAAGAGAUUCUAAGAGGGAUGUGGUGAACAACCAGCUGAGCUCCAGGUCUUUCCGGAUGAGUGGAGUCCUGCAUGAUGUUUCCCAAGAGGACGUGUACAACACUGUAGCACACAAUGUUGUUCUUGGAGCACUGGAAGGCUAUAAUGGAACAAUUAUGUGCUUUGGGCAAACUGGGGCAGGGAAGACCUACACAAUGACAGGAGCCACUGAGAGCUACAGGCAAAGAGGCCUCAUCCCCAGAGCCAUACAACAGGUCUUCAGUGAGGUGGAAAAUCGUUACAGUUACUCUUUCACGAUCCAUCUGUCAUACCUGGAGAUCUACAAUGAGACUCUUUUGGACCUGUUGUCUUCAGUGCGCGGGACCAGGGCAGAGCCAGGUGGCCUGGCUGUGGUGGAGGAGGCACGAGGGGGCGUGUCAGUCAAGGGGCUCUCCCUACAUCCAGUCCAUAACGAGGAUGAAGCCCUGAACCUGCUGUUUGAGGGGGAGAUGAACCGUGUCAUUGGAUCACAUGCCAUGAACAAGAACUCAUCCAGGUCUCACUGCAUACUCACCAUUUACAUGGAGUCUCACUCCCGCACCUUAUCAGAUGCCAGGUAUAUCACCGCCAAACUGAACCUGGUGGAUCUGGCGGGGUCUGAAAGGUUGGGAAAGACUGGGUCUGAGGGUAAAGAGCAGAAGGAGGCCAUGAGCAUCAACAGGUCUCUUUCCUUCCUGGAGCAGACUAUCCUGGCAUUAGCUGACAGGCGUAGGGAGCAUGUACCCUUCAGACAGAGCAAGCUCACCCACUCUCUCAGAGACUCCCUGGGUGGCAACUGUAACACCAUCCUGGUGGCCAACAUCUAUGGUGAAGCUGCCCAUAUUGAGGAAACGCUCACCACACUGCGGUUUGCCAGUCGGAUGAAGUGUAUCAAGACUGAACCAGCAGUCAAUGAACACAUAGACCCAGUGGUGCAGAUGAAGAAACUGCAGAAGGAAGUCCAGCAGCUGAAGCAGGACCUAGCCAUUCAGAACAAUAUGUCAAACCGGAUAUCAGCGUCCUACGAGACACUCUCAGAGAGCCAGGUGGGAGAGAUUCAGGAGCAGGUGCAGAGAUUUAUGGAGGGCAGCCUGGAGGAGAUCAGUAUUGUGAACAACAGACAGGUUAAAGAAGUGUUCAAGCAGUUCAAACUGUCUGUUCAGCAGCAAGAGCAGAAGAUGAGGGAGGAGCUCAGCCAGAACAACAGCCUGGCGGAGAAACCCGAGAGCAUCCCCGGGUCCAUCGUGGGCAAGUCCAGGGGACCCAUGGGGACAGUGGGAGAGGUCGAAGGUCGUGGCUUUGGGGUUGGAGUUGCCACCUUGUCUCAGAGACACAUUGAUGCUCAGAACCCCGGCAAGAACAAAACCAAAAAAGCUAAAGAGAAUCAAGGUGGUCCUGUGAAGCAAACAGACGGUGCCCAUAGGAUGAACUCUGCCCAGGCUGCCCGGGAGAAUAUGAACGCUCCCUCUCAGGACCAGCAGGCUCUGGCAUCCUCACAGCUUUCCUCCAGAGCCCAAAGCGUGAUGGAGUCUCCACCACCUAAGGAGGAGGCGUUUGAGGACUUCAAAGAGGAGCAAGGGAGCGAGCUGAACCGCAUCCUGCGGGAGAACAAGGCCGUGCUGCUGGAGCGCCGGGCUCACGUCCAGGAGCUCACUAGCAGUGUCAACGCCACCAAGCGCAAGAUCGACCAGGCCACUGCCACCCUGCGCCAGAGCCAAGAGCUCAGGGACAGCCAGGGGCAGUUUGUGGGGUUAGAUGGAAAUCCUGUACUGGACGAGGCGGAGGUGACUCUGGUGCUGAAGCUGGGGGAUCUGAAGGCCCAGUACCGGCAGGACUACCAGGACCUGUCCGGCACUAGGGCUGAAGUCAGCUACUGCCAGCACCUGGUGGAUCAGUGCAGGAUUCGCCUGCUCACAGAGUUUGAGAGCUGGUACAGCGAAUCAUUCCUGCUGCCAGAGGAGGUGCAGGAAGUACUGCGGGCAGGAGGGACCAUCCGGCCUGGGCUGGUACCUGUGGAAAAAGCCUUAGCCCUGGAAGAGGAUGAGAAGGAGCGCUUUGAGCGUAUGCGUUAUAAAUUGUUGGGCGAGAGCCCAAGUGCUAUUUCCUUCUAUAAGGCCCACAUUCGAACAGUGAAGAGGAGGAGCAGUAACAGGAGCCAUGCUGGAAGCUCCAGGAGGAACAGCACACCAGCCAACCCAGUGAAAUUGCCCUCCAUUCUCCCAGUCACCUGAGGGGGGCGAUAACACACCACUACACAGACCCAUCCUCUUCCCACUGCACUCUCUAAAGGACUCAUCCUCUUCCUGCUGCACCCUUUAAAGGACCCAUCCUCUUCCCACUGCACCCUCUAAAGGCCCUCACCUCAACUCCUCCUACACUUCAUAGCACUGAAACGAGUAUUGACAACACAGAAAAACAC